AUGGCAGUGAUAUUGAGGAGUAAUACCGAUCUGGUGUAUUUGCCUGAUCAUGGGUUCGUAGGAGAGGAAGGAGCCCUCCGUAUAUUACCUCAGAUAACCCGACAUAUUCACCGUCUCGACAUCUCUCACAACCUCCUCGGCUCCUCCGGCACCCUAACGCUAUUCAAGGGUCUCUCCACCUUGCGCUUACGCCAUUCUUCCCCCGAGUUAGGCCUGGGCAUGUGGGGUCUGAAAGAGGUUAAUCUGGGUAACAACAGUUUAGAUGAUAUUGCUUUUGAUGGUGUACUAGCUUACGCAAAGAAGGACGUAUGGUUGAAGAGAGUUUUGGUUCAUGGUAAUGAAAUUACCUUAGAUGAAAAGAACGUGGAUAGUAUUGUGAAUUCUCUGAACGGUAGUCAUAUAACUUCUUUGUCACUCGUUAAUAACACUUCGAUAUCCCCUAAAGGUUUAGUGAGGCUUAUCGGAUUAUUAGAUUCGACCGAACUGAAACAACUUUUAUUAUCUGCUUGUAAUCUAUCUUCUGAAGAUGGAUUGAUAGAAACCAUAGUGGACUAUUUGGCAUCAAAUAGAUCAAGAAAUUUAGAAAGUUUAGAAUUGAAUGGGAACCAUCUUGGUGGAAGUGGAGUGACGAAAAUUGUUGAUUGUAUUGAAUUGAGUAAUUGGACGGUAACGACUGCGGGAUUAUUGGCGAAUCAUAGUUUAUCGGAUCAACUGGUUCCAAUCGACGAUAACAGUAAUGGCCACGAUGGGAACGGCGUCAAUGGAGGUAAUAUGGUAAAUAGAGCAGAAGAGAAUAAAAUAAUGGAAUAUCAAGUCCAUCGAAGAUUACCCGAGAUCCUGAAUCGAAAUAGGAUAUUAACCAAACGGAUACGUCUGGCAGCCCUCAAAGCUUUAGUUCCAGCUAGGAUCAUACUCAAUGCUAUGCCUUUAACGGACGAACAGACCGCUCGUAGAGUCAUCGAUGAUAUAUCUCAAGAUGUAUCAUAUAAUAUGGCAGGAUUCAGAUUGUUGGAAUUACCUGAAGAAGUGAUACAGCUGAUUGUGAGGCAUACGUCCGACGAUCCGUGGGCGUUCAGUGAAUCCCAAUGGACAAGAUUAAGGAAGGAGGUCAGUAAUAGAGAUAAUCUGAGGAAAUCUUCCGAGCUGGUUAAUAGUAGAUUAAGAGGGAAGUUACCAGAUGAGAGGAGGGAAACGAUGAGGGAGUUGAAGAAUGAUUGGUUAAGGAAGGGAAGAUGGGAUAAAUGGGAGAGAUGA